AAGUAUCUUAUUUUUAAUAAAACAAAAAAUGCUGUCUCGACGAAUUAAGUUUUUGAAUAAAAAUGUGAUAGUAAGGAUGUAUAUUAGUGAAGGAAAGUUUAAAAGUGCAGCAUCAAUCAGGAAGGAGUUUUUGGAUUAUUUUUUGAAAGAUCAUUCUUUCGUUCGAUCCAGUCCUGUUAUGAAUUUAAAUGAUCCUAGUACGCCUUUCGUAAAUGCGGGAAUGAAUCAGUUCAAGGGAGUAUUUUUGGGGCAUUACGAUCCCCCGUCGCUUAGAGUGGCAAAUUCACAAAAAUGUAUCAGAGUUGGAGGAAAACAUAAUGAUUUGGAAGAAGUUGGAUCUGAUACGUAUCAUCAUACUUUCUUCGAAAUGCUGGGAAAUUGGUCCUUUGGAGAUUAUUUUAAAGAAGAAGCUUGUAAAUAUGCAUGGAAUUUACUAACUGGUCCUUUUGGAAUUAAAAAAGAUCUUCUGUACGUUACUUAUUUUGGUGGCGAUGAAAAAUUAGGACUAGAACCUGAUUUAGAAUGCAAAAACAUUUGGUUACGACUUGGGGUGCCUGAAAAUCGAAUUUUGGCUUUUGGCGCAAAGGAUAAUUUUUGGGAAAUGGGUUCAACUGGUCCUUGUGGUCUUUGUACAGAAAUACACAUAAGUGAAAGCCCCGAUGAGCCUCUAAAUCUUAUGGAACUCUGGAAUAUAGUUUUCAUCCAGAACGAGAGAGUUGAAAAUGGUCAAAUAAUUAAAUUGCCAAAGCAUCAUGUUGAUACAGGAAUGGGCUUUGAAAGACUCGUUGCCGUUUUACAAAGAAAAAAAUCAAAUUAUGACACAGAUCUUUUUGUACCUUUAUUCGAGACUAUUGAGAAAUCUUCAAAAGUUCCAAAGUAUGAAGGUAAAUUUGGAUCUGACGAUAAAGAAGGUCUUGAUACUGCAUAUAGAAUUUUGGCUGAUCACUCAAGAAUGGUGACUGUUGCAUUAGCUGAUGGAGUUUUACCCGAUCAAAAUCAAAAGCUGAGAAGAGUUUUGCGAAGAGCGUUGGACGUGAGCGAGAAGACUUUUAGGAAAACUGAUUUAGUCAACGAAUUGUCUUUUCGAGUAGCAGAAAUGCUGGGAGAAACCUAUCCAGAAUUGCACAGGAAUUUAAAACAAGUUCAAAAUAUAAUCCGAUACGAAGAGGAAGUUUUGAAAGCCUUACGAGAAACGUCAGGAAAAAAAUGGGAGAAAAUGGUUAAAGAACGUUCAGCCUUAUCUGCAGUUACAGAUUACAUGGUUUCUGGCUUAAUUCCGGGAUAUAAUGAUUUGCAAUCGAUUUUGAAAGACGAGGAACCAAAAAUGGAAACUUUACCAGGAGAAUUUGCAUUGAAAUUAUACGACACAUAUGGAUUAAGUAAGACCACAAUAUCCGAAUUGGCUAAAAUUGAAUCCCUAAAGUUUGAGAUGAGUGCUUUUGAGGAAAAUCUAAAAAAAACUAAAGAACGCUCAAGGGCUAAAACGAAAGAGAAGCUAUAUAAAGAACCAGUAAGCAAAUUAUCUUUAGACGUGUUGGAAAGAUUCAAUGUGCCGAGAACAGACGAUUCUCUGAAGUACGAUUAUAGUUUCGAUCAUAAAGAAUAUUUUUUUCCUCCCGUAAGGAGCAAGUUGUUAGGACUAAUUAUUAAUGGUAAUUUGAAGUUAUCUCCGGAAGAAAGUGAUUGUAUUCUUGAAAAGGAUGAUUUUCUGGGAAGAGAAGUUAAUAUACUUUUGGAUAAAACUCCCUUUUACGUUAAAGAGGGAGGGCAGACUUUUGAUAAAGGAUAUGUUCAAAUCAAAAGUCUUCUGUUUGAUAUCUACGAAGUGAGAAAAAUUCGUGGAUAUGUUUUUCACGUGGGAUAUGUUGUCAACAAUAAAUCCAGAAAGCUUCCUGUACAACAAUCAAAACUUAGUCUAAAAGUCGGAGAAGAUUCUCAAGCUUGGGUAAAUUCGAGAAGGAGAUUAAGUGCAAUGAGACAUCACACCGCAGCCCAUUUAUUAAAUGCAGCACUGCGAAAAGUUUUACCCGCUAUAGGGCAACGAGGAAGUUCAGUUGGAAAAGAUAAAUUAUCAUUUGAGUGCAGCUUAUUCGGUCAAAAAUUAACCAACGAACGAGUCGUGGAAUUAGAAAAAGUCGUCAAUGACUGCAUUAAUUCUGACGCACCAGUCGAAACUAAAAUUGUCAACAUGUCACGAAUGAUGGCUGAGGAUAAUCUUACUGUCAUACCUGGGGAAAUUUAUCCGGAGACAGGAAUAAGAAUCGUCAACAUAGAGAGUCCAUUUCUAAAAUCGAAAGAAGCAUGCUGUGGAACUCACGUUCACAGGACUGGCUCCCUGGGCCAUUUUUGUAUUUUAUAUCUCAAAUCGCAAGGAGCUGUUAGCGUUGAUAUUCAUGCAGCUGCUGGUCCUGUAAUGCGAUUAGCUAAAAUUGCAGGAAAGAACUUGAAAAAUAGAGUAGAAAGAUUGGAAGAAGAGUUUAAGGCUAAACUAACACUAUGCGAUGAAUUAGAUUCUGAAAUUCAUGAUAUCCAACGUAAUCUGAUGGAAAAGGGCGAUAAAAUUCUAAUUUCUUAUGUCGAUUAUCGUGAGUGUCAAUCCAGACUUUCGAAUUUGGCGAGGGCAAUACUUUUGCACAGAAGAACAAGCGCUAGGGACGGUCUCGAGACAGAAAUUAGAAAAUUACAAAAAUGUACGACUGUGCCGUUUAUCAUCCAUUGUAUGCAAUCAAGUGAUGCCUCUAUCAAUGAUGUGCCAUUAAAAAAAUUGGAAAAACUUUGCCCUGAUCUUCCGAUAUUAGUAAUUGUUUUUAGCAAAAAAUGUAUCAGAGCAAAAUGUUGCGUCCCAAGGAAAAUGGUUUCGAAUUCUUUCAACGCUUUAAGCUGGAUGGACUCAAUCAUAAAAAUAUUCCAAUCCCAAGCAGACACGCCUCAAGGUCAAGAUCCACUUUUAGUUCGGAAUAUGAAAACUUCGAGAUUACCUUGGGAUGAAAUCGAACCUUUGGCCAUAAAAGCCUGCACUAAGGCAAAAAAUUUUGCCGUUUUAGCUUUAAAUGUAUCGAAAGAAAAGCAAGCGAAUAAAACUAAGAAUUAAUAGAAUAUAUGGAUUCUUUUGUAAA